AUGUCUUUGGUCAUUUUGGUUCUGUUGGGCUUUGCACUAUCAGGAAACUGUAUUGGCCAGAAGCCUGGGCCUAUCUAUGUUCAAAAAGUAUCGGGUUCUUCCGUGGUGAAAUAUAUUAAUUUUGUGCAAGUGGAGGAGUUUAUUAAGAAUGGAAGCAACUUUUUCGUUGUUUUAGUGGGGAAUGAUUGCUAUUACUGCAAAUUAGUUUUGGAGAACAUGGAAGUCAUCAAUAAGGCUUUGAAGGAAGUUGACCAAUCUUUAGAGAUGGUAGCGAUGGAUAUAGAGUCAUCCUUGAAUAAGCCAAUCAGGGAUCAGUUGAAGGUUGUGGCUCUUCCUUCUAUUUAUCUUUUCCUCGCAAAUCUAGAUCCGAUCUUGUUUGAUCUGGAGCGUACACCCGACAAAAUAGUUUACUUCUAUAAGCAAGUCACAAGCGUUGUAGUUGAGAAGAUUGAAACCAAGAAAGAGCUGGAAGCAUUCAAGAACUCUGCUUAUGCUGCCGUUCUCUUUGUGGCUGAUGAAGACGUUGACAUUACCCAUCCUAUUUACAGAGUUGCGAGACAGAAUUAUGAUGCCCACGUUGGAUAUACAGUACAAUUUUCUGAAGUUUAUGGUAUGUUUGGAGAAUGGAUUAAUGUAUUUCGUAAUGGGGAGUAUAGAACAACUGUGCUGCCAAACAGAACUACCGAAGAGAUCGAAAAAUUUGUAAAGGUACAAACUCAUAAACCAUAUUACCAGUUCCCAGCAGAUGCGUAUGCGCUGCCGGCUAUGUAUGAGGACAAUUACUUGUUCUACAUUGACAACUUAGCAGGUGUUGAUGGUUAG